UGUAGAUAAGUGGUCGUUUUAAGAAGUUACCUUCAUAGCAGGUUCGACUGCUUACUGCACGUGCCGUAUCAUUAUUUUGUUCGCAUGCACGUGCUUGUUGUUUUCGAGGUAUUGACAUAAACAUCAAUGCUGACAGCAGACAACAGGAGUUUGAAGCAUGCUACAUCUAGUCUUCAACCUGUCACUUUUGUCAAUGGUGUUUAUAGAGCCUGCUGUAACAGCUCCAUACAUUAUUAGAGUUAGCCAGGCAUGCGCAAACGACACAUAUGGUGUAACAACGAUUCACGUGGUGGUCGACGUCGUCGCACAAGUAAUGGCUCACUGCAAGAACAAUCUAACAAAGACGUUCACGUCGUCCGAUGAUGUUAAUUUUUACGCCGAUGCCAAAUAUUAUGGAGACUCAAACGUCGACUGCCUGUUCAUUCGGAAGGCCACCGGAGAAGUCUAUUGGCUAGAAGUGCAUGUAUCGUUGGGCGACCAGGGGUCAGGUUUGUUGAAGGUCAGACACCAGUACAUCGUCACGUGUACACUAGAUAAUCAAGGAUCCCGGGAAUCUAAGCUGCUUAAUCUUGUUGACGGUCUGAUUCCACGACAAGAGCUCCAGCACCACCUGGGUGAGAUAUCCCACUCGACCUUCACCCUGGACAUUACUGACGCUAAUGGGAAUACACUAAAUGACGUCUCCAUUCCCAUUGGCGAGAAGAUUCGACUAAAGGCAACAAUAUCCGGUAAUCCAAGCGAAGUGGGACUGCGUGUUAGCAGCUGCUGUGCAAUGGAUGGAAGCGCCGUUUACCCAAUAAUUUUGGGAGGGUGUGGUAAUGGGGUUAUUAUUCCAACAAACAUGGGUUUCGAGACACGGGGGAACCAAUCAAAAAGUCCGAUCUUUGAGGCUUUCCAGCUGGCCACUGGCUCAGAUGUGCAGUUUGCCUGCAACUUUACUUCCUGUCUGUCGAACUGUGAUGGGGAUAACUGCUUAUCAGAAAGACGAAAACGGAACGCAGAACAUGGAUUCGAGACGUAUGUGGAAGUUCAGUCGGGUUUUAUCGAGGUGCGAGAACAAACGACUGUACGGAUACUUUUUAACAAGCCCGACAUGACGCCGUCCGUGCUGAAGAAGUCGAAGCCGAGUACGACUUCGUCCGACCUCAAAGAGGCGGAGAGCGCUUUUCUUCGGUUCAUUCAAAAUAAACACACCCUCUUCCAGAAGAUACUCUGGGGCACGAUCGUCUCCAUCAUUAUUUUCGUGGUCUUCGUGUGCACGAUAUGCAUGCUGUUUGCCAUUUACGUGAUCGGUUCCACUAGUAAAGUCAUUAGCAAGAUUAAAGAAAUACUCAAGACACGACGAGUGAAAUUGGGAAGAUGAUAACCGGUUUCCAAGAUCGUACUGCAUGAUGCGGGACUGUUCCAGACACCUGAAGAGAACCGGUCUUAGAUUGUUUGGCGCCAAAAUGAUAGCUGAGAAAUAUAUAUUAGUCCAUUGAAUAUAUAAAGCAUAGAUAAAAGUUAGCAAAUGAAAAUCUUUUGUCAACGUAAUGUCAGAUGUGUACCAUAUAUAUGCAUUGUGUGUAUUUUAUGUAUGCUGCAUGAAUUCUUACAUAUUCAUGAUAAUAGUCUAUCCCAUACUCCUAUAAAAAUGUGUUUUUUGUUUCGUAAAUAAUUUCGAUUUGCAUUGACAUAAAAAAAAAAAUUAAAAGUGUUUUGGAAGUGACAAAAAACUAAAUAUUUUGUGUGCAAUUUAAAAAAUAUUUGAUUUAGAAAUAGAUAAAACUAAUACAUACCGUUGUAACCCCCCCCCCCAAAAAAAAAAAAAAAAAAAAAAAACCACAUACAAAAACUCGACGCUUACAGCGUUAUGACCACCAUUUUGGUUUAUGGACUGGUAGUCUUGCUUUAUUGAGAUAACUGAUUAUUUUCUUAUUGUUCCCUCUAGUGAAAUUAAUCAAAUCGUUAUCUCGUAUCAAGACUACACCAGUCCAUAAACCAAAAUAGAAGCCAUAACGCCGUAAGCAUCGUUUUCUUACUAUGGUAUGUAUUAUAGUUUUAUUUAUUUCUAAACCGAUUAUUUUUUAAGUUGCACACAAAAAUUGUCGGGGUUUUUUUAAUUUCCAAAAACACUUACUUUUCUUCUUACAUCAAACCAAACCGAAAUUAUUUACAAAAAAACAUUUUUAUAGGAGAAUGAGACGGACUAUUACAUAUUACAUACUAUUAUCUAUUACAUAGACAUUUGUUAUUUUAGAACUAUAUUCAUGUUAUUCAAUAAGGUUAUUUUGUUGAGUAAAAAACCCCUGUGUUUUCUAUAUUUCACUGUUAGUGUUUGGGCUGUGUCAGAAAUUGUUAAAUAGAAGUGGGUUUUGAAAGUAAGGUCGCACCGUUAUCCCCGUAAACCAACCAUUCACAGAACACAGUUAACACAUUGGCUUCAUUUCCUUAAGCACCCCACAACAGAUCAACUAGCAAUAAAAUAAUAAAACAAAAUUAUUUGGUUGCCAAAUCCAAGUCCCGACUUCCCAUUCCACCCCGUAAUAAUUUCUGGAAAAGCCCUUACUGUGUUUAUUUUCACUGUGACCAAUAAAACACGUUGUUUACAUCAA